AUGGCAAGCCUGAUCGGGGUCAUGCCUGCUGUCAUUGUCCGGCAGCGCAAGCCCUGGCGCCGAAAGGAUGGUGUCUUCAUGUACUUCGAAGAUAAUGCUGGUGUCAUUGUGAAUCCAAAGGGAGAAAUGAAAGGGUCUGCUAUUACUGGUCCAAUUGGGAAGGAGUGCGCUGACCUGUGGCCAAGGAUUGCUAGUGCAGCCAAUGCCAUUGUUUAG